UAAAAAAAAAUUAGAUGAUUGUUUUGUGUAUUCCGAAGGCAAUAGGCCACAUGUUUUCAUUUAUCUAUGCCAAAUAUUUAAUGUUGUUUUUCUAUGGUGGGGAGAUUAAAGAAGUGACGUGUUGGUGUUAUUUACAGUUUUGUUUAUGUAGUGAAAAUAAGCUGUCUCGGUUUUAUAAUUACGCUGUCUUUACUCGUUGGACUGUGUAUACUUUAUUUCCGUUUCAAGCAGAUGUGAAAUAAUUUAGUUCUGAACAUGUCGGCACCGAAACUGACCCUUAUAGACAUGGAUAUAGAUCCUCAAAAUUCUGCACAGUCUCAGCUGCAGUUCCAAGAAUUUUCGUCUUCAGACGUUGGAAGUGCAGCACAGUUGGACGUCAACGAGUCUCAAACGCUUACGUUCAACCAUUCUCCCGAUACGCCUGGCUCGGACAGCGACGGCACAGAGUCCGAUUUGCUGAAAAAUGAAAGAUCCAAACAAGCACCUUCCUUCUGGAGUUUCGAGUAUUACCAACAGUUCUUCGACGUCGACACAAACAAGGUGGUUGAGCGCAUCGUGUGGUCCAUGAUACCGAAACCGGGCGUCAGCUACCUGCAGCACCACAUCAAGCCGAAGCCAGAUCUGUACGGACCGUUUUGGAUCUGCGUCACGCUGGUGUUCACCAUCGCCAUCAGCGGAAACCUGGCCAACUACCUGCAGGUGGCGGCCAGCAAGGACUACCACUGGAAGUACGACUUCCACGCGGUCACGUUCGCCGCGACCGCCAUAUUCAGCUACGCCUGGGUCGUCCCCAUGAUACUGUGGGGAGUGCUCAAGUGGCGUGGAGGCCAGGAUGUACGCCUGAGCUUCCUGGAGAUCCUGUGUGUGUACGGCUACUCCCUGUCCAUCUACGUCCCCAUCUCCAUCCUCUGGGUCAUCCAGAUAGAGUGGCUUCGCUGGCUGCUGGUCGUGGUCGGAGCCACGCUGUCGGGCUCCGUCUUGCUGAUGACCACGUGGCCCGCGGCACAGGGCGAGCAGCGGCUUGUCGUGUUGGCAGGCGUGCUGGGGCUCCACCUCCUCCUUGCCGUCGGCUUCAUGCUGUACUUCUUCCACGUAACGCCUUUGGAGGUCAGCACGCAGUCUGUCGUAAUACCUGCGGGCCCAAAAAAUGUAACCUCAAAAACAUGAACAUUAUUAAUGUUGGGAGGAUUUAUAAAUGUAAGAAUUAUGUACAUAUAUUGUGUUUAACUGUGUGUACUUUAAUAGAUGUGUAUUGUUAAAUGUCUGAAAUGUGUACACAUGUAUGUAAAUCAGAAAGUUUGGUUUUAAAUAUCAUUGGUUGAAAUUGAAAUUUGUUGCAAUUGAGAAUCAGCAAAGAGGUCUCACCUCAAAUAUACUUUCUUUGAUCUCUUUUUAGACUCCUGCACUACUUUCACCCACUCCUACCUAGACAUCACCAAGAAACAGUUUCUGUCUAGUGAAGUAGAUGAAGUUUGUUUAUUUUUUAUAAGGAUAAGCUGUUACUACAAUUUUGUUUAUCAGAGGUUAUAGAAAGCUUGAUUGAAUUGUCAUAGUUUAGUUAGCAACCAAAACAUCAGAUUAAUUUUGGAAUCACAUACGCGAUGGCGGUGACGUGAAGAUUUCUAACCAGUUACAUUAAAUACACUGUAAAACCACCCAGUGAUUUUUACUAUUGAAUCUUAAAAUUAACUGAACAAUUUUCUAUCAAUUAAAGCAUUGAUGGCUGUCGUAGGUUUGGUGUGUAUAUAACAGCAAAACAAUUUAUAUAGGUACAUUAGUUUGUUUAUGGUUGUUGGUAGGUAAAAGCUGUUACGUUCACAAAAAAAAAUUCUUGCUGUUGCAUCACCAUCUUCACAUUGUGCUAUUUUGAAAGACCUUCAGAAUCUUGUAAAUGUAACAGGGUUGCUGUGAGAUUUUGGUGUUUGUGAAAACUACUGGAGUUGCUGCCAAAAAUUCCACGUAUCCAGUUGUUUAUCCAUAAAAUUGCAUUUUUUAACUUCACUAAUGGAAUCAUUACUAGUAUGCUUGCAUCUAGAAAUGUCAUUUGCAUGAACAUUGGUGGCUGAAAAGAAUUCUGCUCUUAUUUAACAGAAUAUUUUCCUUGCUUUCUUGUGGGACUAAUUUAUUUGCAUUUGCAAUUGUGGGUAAUGGCUUCAUAUUCUCAAUUGCUAGCUGCAGGUAUGUGAUUAUAUAUGCAUUUACUUAUGUACAUAGAAUUCCAAAUGCCAUUUUAAAAUACCAAAGUCUUUGUCCAAAACUUAGCAUGUUUCGAAACUGAAACUUUGUAUGUAAACCAUUGGAUAGUUUUUACUGUAAUUUAGCCAAUGAACUGUGGUUCGUUUGUUAGUGAGCAUAAAGUAAUUACCUAUGGGUAAUCUGUUUGCCAAUGCAAGAAGGCAUUGUUGACUUGUCCCAUGUUAGUAGAGGUACGGAAAUUUUGCGGGUUAAUUCGGCUGCCAAGUUAGAAUGGAAACCUUAAUACUAUUGCACUGUGUUCAUGAUUGGACCGCAGUUAUUUGGACUCAUCCUUCCAUGUCAGCUGUUUAUUGUUGGCUCACUAUAAGCAAAGUACUGAUUAACAAGAACAAAAAUGUUCUCUCGUAAAUCAACCAAUGAAAAAGCAACUAUUGGUAGAGCAACAUAAGCCUUUAAAUUUUAGCCAGAUGCCAAACGAAUACCCAAAUUUUCUGGGUUUCCACAUUAGGUAAUGGUUGCCAUGUUCAGUAAGUCUGGGAUUUGGUGGUCUUGAAUUGCAAGGAAUUUUAUAAAAUACAUGACUUAUAUCAGAAAAUCCACUUGACAGUUACCCAGUUUGGAUUUAGUUGAUUAAAAUACUUUCCUCCUAUCAUGUGAUGUGGCAAAAGAAAGUUAUUACUAUAUAUAAAGGGAAAAAAAUUAGAAAAGUCUGAAUUUAAACGUGCCCAUAUAUCAACUGUUUCUAAAAUUUCAAUGUUUCUCCGUGUGCUACGAAGUUAUCCAAUGAAAUUAUCGGUGGCUCUAUGAAGAUGCAUGGCCGUGAAAUCGUUUACACCCAAAUAACGCUUGGUGGAUUAUUCAAUGCAGAAUUAAAUUUUUUUUUUUACUUCAGGUAAAGUGUUUCCUGUUCAUGUGGGGAAUAAUCAGGGAAAGUCGAGAAUUUAAAUGAUCACAUUGAGGUGGAAACUUGGUUCUGCUGGAACAGAAUCAUUACAUGGAUUGUACAAUACAAUGUUCAACAUGGUCUUUAGUUCUCCUUGUUAAUAGAAAAUGUAAAGUUUUCUUCUGAAAUUGUACAGUAUUUCAUGGUUUAUAAAAAAAAUUGGUGGUAAAGUAUGUCAAAUGUGAGUUUUUAGUUGCUUUAUACUUUCAUUCCAAAGAGUUCAAUUUUUUUUUUGUCAUUAAUGUGCAUUAUUGAUUGCUUUACAAACUUUUAUUUAACUAUUAAGUUAUAGGUUUGAUGUUGGGGAAUAAAUGUGUGGAAUUUCAGUUUAACAUUUAUUGAAAAUCAAGAUAUGCUUUGUAUUUUUUUCUAUUAAAAUCUAUUGAACUUUUGCUCCAAAUGCUUUAAAGCACUCAGUAUAACUUGUUGCCGCUAUCUAUUUGAUUUUUAAUUAUUCUGUAUCUCUAAUUAUAUACAUUUUCAUUUUGUAAUAUUUAUAUACCUAAGUUUAUUAACAAAAAUGUUUGUAAAGCAUCACUUUAGAAAGUUACAUCGUACACUUACCUGCUUACAGGGGCGUAGCCAGGGGGGGGGUUUUAGGGGUUCAAACCCCCCCCUUAGCACCAAAUCUUUAAUUAAUUUCUUAUUCAUCACUGAAACAAAUUUCAUAUUAAAAUUAAUAAAAUUUUUACCAUUACAAUAUUUUAAUUUAAGUACCGAAAACUGCUCAAAUAGCACUAUUUUACACCUUAAAAUCCAAAUUUUCCCGGGGGAGGACCCCCGGACCCCCCGCUUUAAUACGGGGGGGGGGGGGGGGGGGGGGGGGGGCCCAUGCUUCUUAACACCCCCCAUACACAAAUCCUGGCUACGCCACUGCCUGCUUAGUCAAUGUUGGUAACAAUAUUAUAGGUGGUGUAGCACACAGCAUUUGCAAUAAAAUGUCAACUAUUGGUU